AUGUCGACGACCACUGCUGCCGCCCAUGAUGCUUCUGAUGCUGAUUGCUUCCCACUUCACCGACACAGAUGCGGAGAGCACUUCCCACGAGGCCGUCUCGACAGCUUGACAACCCACCUUACCAAGAAAUGUCCCGCCAUUGGCGAAGCCGACCGUGUUAAUGCCAUCUUUACCCUCUCCGGAAUGAGCCAUGCUUCCCACCGACUACAACAAACGCAGCACGCCCAGGGCCAGGUACAACAGCCCUUGCAGGUCCCGACCCAGGUCAAUGGCGUCAAUGGCUCUCCAGUGGAUCUGCCCAUGAUACAGCGCGACCUCCAGCGUGAUUGGACUGCCCUCGGAGUGCUGGCCGAGGUUUCGAGGCAGAUUGACAUGAGCGAGAAGAACGACGAUCGCGUCCCUCUACACCCAAAUGUCUCUUCGGGUACCGUACUAGGCGCCGCGACCUCACAAUCUGUCGAACACUUUGUUGUGCAGGAUCAAGGAAAUGUAGAGCAUCCACAUCAGACCGACGAGCAUACUGUUUUGGGCGAGCAACCAAAGCCCGAACCAGUUGCACCGACAGAUGAAGAACGAGUUCUCACCGCCGAAGAGAGAUUACACGAGAUACUACGGGUGGAGGAAAACGCCAAUGCCGACGCCGCCAACAUAUCGAUGGCCGCAGCUGCCGCUGCUCGACUACACCAUGGGCUUCUUGACCCUCAGCUGCUAGGGCAAGAAGCUGCCGCCGCUGCCGAGGCCGCAAGUGCGACUGCCGCUGCCGCCGCCGCAGUAGCGAGCAGUCUUUCGGCUUCCGAACAAGCCCACCAAUCCCACCAAAGUCCGCCUGAAGUGUCGCCAUCUAUCCCCGCGACUACGCCCUCCCAACCCUGGGGCGAGAUCACCUACACGGCCGAUGCUUUCCAAACAAUGCCGGCUGGCGACUCUGUCCCUCAUACAACGGCAUCGCUUACCAAAGGCGGAUUCCGUCUCGAGACAACCUCCAAAGCCCGUCAUUCGCGGGCGAGGUUCAAUGCGACGAGGAGAAAGCAGGUUCAAGAGGUGCGCAAGAUUGGCGCGUGUAUCCGCUGCAGGGUUUUGCGAAAGACUUGCUCCCCUGGAGAACCUUGCGACACAUGCCGCAAGGUCUUGUCACCGCGUGUAUGGCGUUCUGGUUGUGUACGUACCAAGUUCUCAGAGCAGCUCGAUCUGUACUCUGCUGGCGUUCAGAUCGUCCUAGCGCAAGGCAGGAUCAAUACUUUCAAGCAAGCCAUGGUCCUUAGCAACCACGGUCUAGUUAUCGAAGCGUGCCACUUCCCGGAGCUUUCUUCGCAUUUGCGACUUCAGGUUUUACAGCGUGAUGGGAUCAGGGAAGCAGACGGAAAGGUGACCACGGCAGUACCAUCAGAUAAACCUUUGGAUUACCCAAUCAUCAUGGUUGACAACGACACACAAGACGUUCCUGCCCGUCUCGAGUCAUAUAUGCGUGAGGUUCUUCCAGAGCUCAUUAAGCGGGAGCCGUCUAACUUCAUGCAAGUUACUCUACAAACCGCCCUCGAAAUUGCAAGCACGACCAACGACGAACUACUCAAGAAAUCUCUCGAACUCUGGGGACUAGUGGAAAUAUUGGACAGAGAGCGCCAAUGGACAAUUUCGGUAAAGUCCACUCUUGACGAUACCGUCAUCAGUCACAUCAAGGAGGAGACCCACGAAGAAGUUUUCACCACGAUUUGUCUGCAGCUUGCGGCGGCAGCAGAACGGAAAGCGGCUGCUACAAGCAAAACCCUUCUUACAGGCAUGCAGAGAGUGCUGCAAGACAGCAAAGUCAAGAUCGACUUCGGCAUGUACUUUGCAACCCUGAUCCUGUUGAACUGUGUCGAGAAAUCGACGUGGGCUUUCAAGGCCUGGGAACAACCCAACCUGAGGACGAUGUGGCCAUUAGAAAAGGACCCAGGAAGCUUUGCCCAGCAGGGCUAUGUCAUCGCCGAUUUGCUGCGGAUGCUCUUGACGAUCCGUAAAGCCCUCCCGCGCACAGCUCACCGAGAGUCGGAUGGCAAACUGGUGACGGAGGAACAAGAUCCUGCUAUCAAAGCGUACUUUGAAGCGAUUAGUCUCAACUUCAUCCAAAUUAAGUCAAAACAAGAGCAACCAGUCUUCUCUCCUACUGAUCCUCGAUCCUUCGAGUUCCUCUUUUCCUCGACACUGUUACUCCCAGCGACGGAAUAA